AUGGCUGACCAUGAUCGCCGCCACAAUGGCUUCCGAGGGGGUGGUGGUGGGCGCAAGCGCCGUUACCGAGAUGAUGAGGAUUUUGAUCGUCGUCCACAGCGGAGAAGAUAUGAAGAGCCGCUCUUUGUACAGAUUCGGCGGCAACUAUUGACCAUUGCGGAAUCGGCCGCUCGCCGGGUUGAAGAUGAUGUUUUGAGCAUUGCGAAGACUGUCUCUGAACACUACGAAGACGAGGAGCUUAGAAAGACUCUAAUCAACAUUUCGCUGGACCUUGUUCUCGAACAGCCCAUGAAGAUCCCCUUUGUUGCUGCGACAGCUCUUUUUGCGUAUAAGAGCAAACCGGAGCUCGGAACGGAACUGAUCAACAAGGCGGCUACAACUUUGCAGAAGAACAUUGAUUCUGGAUCAUGGCGCGAGGUCAAGCUCCUUGUCCGCUUCUUGGGAUGUCUUCAGCCUCUGUUUGAGGGUGAGGGUAUUUUCCCACUUUUGGAGGAGCUUUUUGCUCGCGCGGUAGACCUUCAAACCACUUCUUCAGAAGACUUACUCGGUCUGGAGCUUGUGAAGAUCAUCUUGUUCACCAUUCCCUAUGUGAUGUCGUCUCCUGCUACGGGCUUUGAGUCUCUUGCAUCCGGCAUGCUCGAAAAGACGGAAAUCAUCGCGUCGACCCCCCAUAACCUGGUUGAUCUGGUGAAGACAUUCGGGACCAAAGAGGACGAAGCCACCACCGGCUCGAGCUUCAUCAGUGUGCUGCAGAGUCAAUUGCAGGGAGAAGCUUCCAAAGGAUGGGAAUUGAAGUGUCUGCCUCGUCCAUGGAAGGACGCACGAGACUCGGAAGGGGAAGAGCAACCGCCCUUUGAGAUUGCGACCAAGAUCGCCUUCCCCCACAUCACGGUCCCCAGUCCAGUUGCUUAUGGACCUCGCGCGCUUUUCCCGGAGGUGUAUCUUUCAGUUUACGCGAACCAGGAGGUCGAUACGGUUCCUCCCGUCUCGGAUAUCACGUCCUCCCUCUUGAGGGACGCCAUGGUCGAUACCCUCAACAAUCUGGAUUUCAACCGUGUUGCGACGGCCAAGUACUUGAUUGACGUGGAUUGUUAUUACACUCGCGACACAUUCGUCAAGCGUGCUACGCCAUUCGAUCGGAUGCGUGACAUGGCCGGGGACAACAAGGCUUGGAAGCCUGAAGACGUAGCGGUUGAUGCAGUCUUCUCUCAGCUGUUCCAGCUUCCAGCCCCAGAGCACAAGCUUGUCUACUACCACUCUGUGCUGACAGAAUGCUGCAAGAUUGCUCCUGCGGCUAUUGCCCCCAGUUUGGGUCGUGCCAUUCGAUAUCUUUACAACAGCCUCGAGACGAUGGAUCUUGAGCUCUCCAGUCGGUUCCUCGACUGGUUUGCGCAUCACUUGAGCAACUUUGGAUUCACGUGGAAGUGGAGUGAAUGGGUCGAUGAUUUGGAACUCCCAGCCGUCCAUCCUCGGCUGGCGUUUAUUCACGGAGCUCUGGACAAGGAAAUUCGUCUGAGCUUCGCGCAGCGUAUCAAGGGUACUCUGCCCGAACCAUAUUUGCCAUUGAUUACGGAAGGCAAGGAGAGAGACACGCCCGAGUUCAAGUAUGCUUCAGAAACAACCCCCUACGCCAAGGAAGGUCAAGAGCUUAUGCAGCUCAUUCGCAAAAAAGCAAGUGACGACGAAUUCCAGCCCGUGUUGACUGCGAUUGAGGAGCAGGCCCAAGGUCUGGGUGUGGAUGAACCCAAGGUCCCGUCUACGGACGCCCUUGUGACCUCGAUCUGCUUUGUGGGCUCCAAAUCCCUGUCGCACGUCCUGUCGUGCAUCGAGCGUAACAAGGAUCGGCUAUUGGCCAUUGGUGCCGCUUCUGAGAAAGCUCGUUUGCAAAUCAUCACCUCGGUGAUGGAAUACUGGAGGGACCAGCCCGGUGUUGCCAUCAACAUUAUCGACAAACUACUCAACUACACCAUCAUCAGCCCCAUGUCUGUUCUCGAAUGGGUCCUCACCGAACACAUUGCCGCGGGCGCGAUUCUCUCCAAGUCCCACAUCUACGAGAUGGUGUUUGCCACGGUGGGCAAAGUGACCAACCGAAUGCGGCAAAUCGUGGCCGCUCGAGCCCAAAAGAAUCUCUACGAGCCUCAACUCAGCGUUCUCGAAGAGACCCUCCUGCGUGAACGGGCGGAGAUGCAGAAUCUGUUCAAGUUCAUUGAGGACUCGCUUGUCUCUGUCGCAUCGGGCAGUAACGACGAGUUGAUGGAGCGUGGCGAUGGAUCGGGUGACCUGCCCGAGGACGCCAUCCUACGACAGUGGGGUCGCCGCUGGCUGCGUGUUUUCCGUCGCAAGGCGCUGGUGGAGGAGGCUUUUAUUUCGGGCGCUCUGCUGAAUGCCACUCCGGUUGGCACUCAGGCCCCGGCAGAGGAGGAAACCGCGGAUUCCGCGGCUGACGGGGAUAUUGCCAUUGCCGAUGCAGCCGAAUAG